CAAUAACAGCCUGCCUGGUCACGUCCCAUGUCGUCGGUCUGCCGUUCCGGGGGGCGUAGUCGCCCAUCUGCACGGGAGACCACCCUCGUUAUGUAUAUAUUUGUGUAUAUAUUUCCCAUCUUCCCUCUUUUCUCUAAACCCUUCCCUUCUCGCAUAUCUUCUUCAUAUCCGCUCCUGAAGUCAUGACAUCCCAACAGAGGCAAGAUGAGCUGCUUCGUGAGCUGCAGCACUACCACGAAGAGUCUCUCAAAACACUUAGGUCACUCGAGACUCUUGCAGCGGCCAACCACACGACCCUGCCCGAGAUGGGCACUAAUACUAGUAGACGCCGAGCAACCAGCUUCUUUUCCUGCACAGCGCCCGAGAUGGAUCGAGGAGCCGGCAGCGGCAGCGGCAGCGGAGAGGUGCUGCUGCCCGGGUCGCCCUCCCUCCAGGCUACCAAUAUGCCCGCUGUGCCGAUCCCGCUCGCAUCGUCACUGCUCAGGCCCAUCACGCACACCCUCAGCAUAGACAGCCAGCACCUCUCGGUGCACUCUCCCUUGGCGGUGACCGACCUGGGCGUGAUGCAGGGAGGCAGGCACAUCCCGGUGUCGCUCUACAGCAACGAGUCGGACGCCGAGGAGGAGACCGACUUCAUCCCCCUGCUGCCCCUUCCCGACCACCGACAAGCAAAGCAGCAGCAACAGCAGCAGCAGCAGCAGCAACAACAGCAACAGCAGCAUAACAUCCCCAUCCUCCCCGCGCCGCCGCGCCGCCCCUCCCCGCAGGACGGCGAGGUCGAGUCGGCGCAGACGCUGCUGCCCGGCCGGUCCUUCUCGGGCGAGCAGCUGGUGCGGCACGUGCAGGGCCUGGACGAGGGGCGGGCCGGCACGCUCAUCGCGCUCCUGGACGAGACGUGGCGGCGCAGGGCCGAGCUGGACGAGGCCCGGCUGCUGGCCACGCGCGAGGACGAGCUGUACGGGAGCGCGACGUACGAGGUCUACGACGUCGGCAAGGACUCGGUCGCCACGCCGCAGCACGACGACAGGGGGAGCGCCGGCGACGGGGCGCUGGAUCUGGAGACGGUGUGGAAUACGGUCAGGGAAAUCAACACAGUCACGGUCCGGCAAGAUCAGAGCCCUGCAGGCUCUAUAGGAGGUGCUGUUGGUCGAAUGACGAUCUUGCAGGAGCCGUCGCCCAUCAUGCUCAGCACAGCACACCUAACCAUGGCGGAGCACUUUGACAUGGACGAGCUGAUCCAACAUCUGGUGACGCCGCAAGGAAACAAGGGGAAAACACGGGCCUACAUGCAGCACCGGGCCUUCGAGUCGUCCGAGGUCCGGCAGCGCAGCUUCUUCUUCGUCUUCAAGUACUACACGGCGGUGGGCGAGGGCCUCAACCCGGCGCCGUACCAGCAGUACGACCGGCGACCGCAGGACUACAAGGCCCCCGACCACAUCGAGAUCACCGAGUGCAGCUCCGUGCUGGCGCUGUCCCUGGGAGGCCCGCCCGUCAGCCCCAUCUACAUGCGCGGGCGGCGGCGGCGCGGCUACCGGGUGGGCAACGUGUUCGGGCACUUUGCGCCGUGGCACCUGCUGAGCGUGCAGAGCUUCGCCGACAACGAGCACUCGAUGCGCAGCGACGGCGACGCCAGGAAGCCCUUCUACAGCGGGCCCUACGCCUUCCUCGACUCGCUCGCGGCCGAGUACCGGGACGCGGCCAAGCGGUACGCGCUGCUCAACGAGAUGAUCGCCAAGCUCAUCACGCCGUCGAGCCAGUUCAUGUUCGAGGUCAAGCUGCGGGACAAGCUGCUGUUCGAGGACAAGUACUUCACCUACAGCCGCCGCUACUUCUGGGCCUACAACAGCCUGGCCCUCAUCAACGACAGCAUCAAGUCCAUGAUGGCCGCCUACGGGGACACGUUCGACCAGGACUUUUGGGAGGGCCGCCACCGCACCCUGUGGCCGCUGCCGCCCGUAAGGGACGACGAAGACGAGGAAGGGGGGCUCCCCGCUGAGGCGAGGAGGAACUACCUGGACAAGAUGGCGGCGCUGCGCGAGGAGCUGAAGCGCACCAUGCACGAGCUCUGGGCGGUGCACCACCGCAACGAGGUGCUGCGCAAGGAGAUCAAGAGCCUGCGCGAGCAGCUCUUCAGCGGGUCCAGCGUGAAGGAGAGCCGCCGGGCCAUCGAGCAGGGUGACAACAUCAAGAUCCUGACGAGCGUGUCCAUGAUCUUUCUACCGCUAACUUUUGUGACGUCCGUGUUCGGCAUCACAAACUUCGACAUCUCCCCUGGGGACUGGAGGUUCGCCACCACCAUGAUCUGCGUGUGCGUGCCCUUCUUCGUCCUCAUAGUGGUGCUGCAGACGCAGGCCGGGAUGGAGAUGUGCAAGCGGCUCGGCGGCAGCCUCAAGGGCUACUUCCAGGGCGAGGACGAGCAGACCAGGCACCGGCGCGAGCUGCAGUCGCUGGCGGGGCGGGUCGACGAGGGCGUGCGCAUGGCCACCAGGGCGUCGACGACGGUCCAAGGGGGAGACGGCGGCGGCGGCGGCGGCGGCAGAGGGAGCGGGAAGAAGCAGCCGCUCCUGUUUGGGCGGCGCAAGAAGGCGGAACUCGGGGGCGGGCCGGCGGCGGUGGCGGCUGUUGUUGCAGAUGACGAGGCGGCGAGGGGCGGUUCCAUCAGGGGAGGGUGGCUCUGGGGCUGGCGUCGCGUGUUCUUCGGUGGCCAAGCGCGAAUCAAAUCUGCUGAUGAGAACGUUUGAUGUGACUUGUACUAUGUCAUGGUAGAGCGGCUGCUGUCAUUUCUGCGAAUUUCUCGUCCAUCCUUGUAUCAUCUCUGGGAAGUUUCUUUGGAUUCGGCAUUGUUGGGUAUCGUGUUUAUUGUUUAUUCCUGUUUUUGUUGUUUGGGGAAGCUUGGUCGUCUUUCAUAGUAAGCGCUCUCCUGUUAUCAACUUGGCACUGAAGCUCCUAUUGCCGUCUUCUUGCUCGAGAUCCUGAAAAUGGCGCCCCCAAACCUCGACUCGCCCUCCGUCAUCCUCAUUCAUUCCUUCACGCCAACCACUUG